CUCUGCCAAACAAUUCAAUUGAUGCCGCUGAGUCGAGGAAGCUGUUUAAUCAAUUACGACCUUUGCUCUUCUCGGUUCCUCUGGUAUUGCCAGCACAGUGUCGGAGGCUGGAAAAUCCAAAGGAAGGUCCACAGAUCAACAUCGACUUGCAAAAUGUCCACCGAAAAGAAUUAUUUUGGAAGUUCGCCAGAGUACAUCUUGAAGCACCGAACUCAGUACCCUUCUUCUCGCACGAUCGUCGUGUCUGGGGCGACGGCCGGGAUCGGGCUCGCCAUCGCCAACCACCUUCUAUCAUCAAGCGAUCAGCAUCUCCUCAUCCUGGCGGGUCGCAAGGUUGACGUGCUCAACGACUUCCAAUCUACCAACCCAGACCGGGUGAUCACGAGGGCUGGAGACAUGGCAGACCUUGGAUUUGUACAAAGCAUGUUGCGAGGCGUGCAGUGUGACGGACGGCUCGACGCUCUCGCACUGAACCACGGCACCUUGGGAAAGUGCUUGAGGAUAGGGCAGAUGGAAGGCGAUGAGUGGGAUCGGACGUUUAGGAUCAACGUGACAAGUUGUGUUGUCUUGAUCAAAGAAACACUCCCGCUCCUCCGCAGCGCCAAGGGGCGUAUCAUCUUCACAUCCUCGGGUGCCGCUACGAACGCGUAUCCUUCAUGGGGAGUCUACGGCGCGACGAAAGCAGCCAUCAACCACUUGGCCAUGACGUUGAAGAAUGAAGAGCCUGAUGUGACCACGGUAUCAAUCCGCCCUGGUGUCGUUGACACGGCCAUGCAGAUGGAUAUUAGGGAGAAGUUCCUUCACAACAUGGACGAGAAGGACCAACAAAAAUUCCUGAGCGCCAAAAGCGACGGGAAACUCUUGCCGCCGGAGAAGCCAGGAAACGUGAUUGCAGAAUUGGCCGUGAAGGCCAAAAAGGAGUUAUCAGGGUUGUUUUUGAGUUGGGACGACCCCCAAUUGGCCGAGUACCAGGUUGAAUAAGGCACCAGGGGACUAAGAUUGAUGAGUGCGUUUGGCUUCGUCGGUCGAUCGCGAUCUACUGCGCUGAGCUAAUGUGCAUGACUCCUGCAAAGGCUCAUGGUCCACGGAAAUUCGCAAGGAUGGGCGGACUUGUUUCGCAAGCACCUGUUCUCGCACGAUCAGCAUGCCAUGCGCAAGAGAGCAACAACCAAACUUGUGGAAAGAAACUUGGGAUCAGGCGAAAGAUGAAAAAUGAAUACACAAGCUUAAGCAUUAGAAUCCAGCGGACCUUCAUACUUAGCAUGGAAGAGUGGUGUGUUCAUCAUGAAGGAGUUUUAUUAACAGAAAUAGUCAGACUUACUACCACGAAGCUGCGAGACGGUAUAGCUACCAUGAAUUCUCUAAACUUCUAGAUCCACAGUUAGACAAUGUCCCAGAACAAAAUGCGAAUCAAAUG